AUGGCACUUCGCGGCACUCAAAAAGACUAUUCAAAUAUGUUCGAUGAAAAUAUGCAAAAUAUCCGUAUAAUUUGGCUUGAUAGGACUUUUUGUUAUGUGGAUGCCAGUCAGAGAACAAAAUUACGUUUACAUCAUAUAACUUCUCUCUUAAAGACAUUUGCUGAAGUCAAAGAAUGUUUCGAUUAUAUUCGAUAUAUGUUUGAUGAUGUUCAAUAUAUAUUUCUCAUCAUAUCCGUCGAUGCAUUUGAAAAUGUUGAUAGUGUUAUCGAAGAAGCCACUCAAUUAAUGCAAAUUACAUUUUUGUAUUUAAUAAUAUCUGAAAACAAUAACAAGAUAUUGUCCAAAGAAAAAAUACGUGCUGUUUGUAAUAAUGAAAAUCAUCUUUUAGUUAAACUAACAGAAGAUGUUGCAUUAUGCAAUAGUACAAAUUUUAAAUUUAACAUAUCAAUAGCAAGUCGAUCAACAAAAGAUCUCACACGUCAAUCAGCUAAAUUUAUGUGGUACCAAUAUCUGGUGGAAAUUCUUGUUGCUGUGCCCGAAAUAUCAAAAGCCAAAGAUGAUCUACUUGAAUUUUGUCGUUCGAACUAUGCUGAAAAUCGAACUGAACUGGAUAAAAUACUCGAAUUUGAAAAGACUUAUAAUUCAGAAUUUGCUAUUAAAUGGUAUACGCGUGAUUCAUUUUUAUAUCGUCUUAUUAACAAAGUCUUACGGCAAGAAGAUGUUGAUGAUAUGUAUAAAAUUCGUCUUAUUUUAUCCGAUAUUCACACACAACUUGUUGAAUUACAUGGAGAUUUUUUGAGCAGAUUACUUGAAUUGAAUUUCUUUCCAUAUUGCCUUACUACUUAUCGAGGUCAAUUCAUGUCUGCACGAGAAUUAGAUCAAUUGAAAGGAAAUAUCGGUCGUUUUAUUUCAACAAAUAGUUUUCUUUCAACAACGUCUGAUAGAGAUCUUUCAUUGAUAUUCAGCGGGCAAGGACAACAACGACCUCAAUUAGAAUCAACUUUGUUUGAAAUAACGAUUGAAACAAAUGCAUGUGAAACAGCAUUUGCUGAUAUUGGACAUAUCAGUUGGAUGCAAAGCGAAAACGAAAUUUUGAUAACACUUGGCGCUAUUUUUCAUAUCGACUCAGUAAAUGAAGAUGAUAAUGUAUGGAUUAUAAAAUUGACCCUAUGUAAUCAGAAGAGUGAAGGCAUCGAACAAUUGACCGAUUAUUUUCCUGAUAUAAAAGAUGAUGCACCUGAUUUAUUUACAUUUGUAAAGUUCUUGUCUAGUACAGGCGAUUAUGUAAGAGCAACAGAAGUUUGUCGUCGACUUAUUUCUUCUACUUCACCUACUGAUACACGAAUGCCAAUGCUUUGGAAUCUUUUAGCUAAAUGUCUCUGUUAUCAAGGAUAUCAAAAUUUACCAGAAAUUAUGAAUUAUUAUAAUCAAGGUUUAGAACUCAUUCCAACCGAAGCAUCUUCUUAUCCAAUGCAUAUAGACAUGUUAAUUCGAGUAGCGGAUUCUCUUGUAAACAAGCUAAAGUACAAAGAAGUCAUGCCAAUAGUGAAUCAAAUAGAAACAUUGAUCAAGCAAGAUAUAGAAGAACGUGGAUUUCAAAAUGAACAUAUUAUGCAGAUAGGUCAUGUUACUAUGAUUGCUGGAAUGGUUUGUGAUAUAAUCGGAGACUAUUCAAAUGCUUGUGAACAUUUUCAGUUUGUUGAAAACCUUUAUUUUAAGUAUUUACCUGUUGAAUAUGAAAGAUUAGGUGACAUUCUUUUUCAUAAGAGUCUUGCACAAUCUGGUAGUAAAGGAGAUACUAUAGAAUCAUUGGAAGCAAUGCAACAAGCAUUGAAACUUCAUAUAGCUUCCUUGCCUCCAAACCAUCCGGCAAUUGCCGCUGAUUAUAACAUAAUUGCAUGGAUUUAUUUGCGUCAUUAUGAUAUAGCAAAUGCUCAAAAAGCUUUAGAAAAAUCCAUUGAAGUUCAAUUAAAUGCUGCCUUUCAAAGCCCGAUUCAUCUUGGUAAUACAUACAUGGGUCUUGGAAGUUUAUUACCUGGUGACGAUGGAAUGUCCUAUUUAGAUAAAGCGCAUGAACUUUUUAAAUUACAUUUACUGCCGAAUGAUCGCCAAUUUAUUCAACUCUAUAUCUCUAUGGCAGAGAAUCGUAUGGAAAAGAACGAGAUAGAACAGGCACGAGUUUAUUUAACUGGUGCAUUAAAAAUUGAACUGCAACCAAAUCAACCAAAGCAAGGCAAGGGUUUAGCUGCUAUUUACGUACUCUUUGGAGUGAGUUACCUGUACGAAGAGAAUUACAAAACAGCUAUUGAUUAUUUACAAAAGUCGAUAAAUUUGAUCAAAGGACUAGAUCCUCAUGCAAGAAUGGACGUCCUACUAGCUUAUAAUUUCUUAAAACUUGCUAAUGUAUAUCAACAACAAAAUGACUUAGAAUUGGCUCUCUCAUACUAUAAGCAAUCAUUAGAUAUUUAUUAUCAAGUACCAUUGAUUAGUAAAUUAAGAUUGGCACGUCUUCAUAACCAUAUUGCUACUGUACUUGUAUUGCAAGAAUCAUUCGAAGAAGCUUUCGCACAUUUUCAGAAGACACUUGAGUAUCAACUUCAAUCUCUUUCCUUCGAAUCUGAACAAUUAUUAAGCACAUAUACAAAUCUUGGAAUGGUUUCAAAAUUUUUAAAAGAUGAUUUUCAUUUUCUGGAAUAUUAUCAAAAAGCAUUAGAUUUGAUCUAUCUGACAAACUCCGAUGGAAUAUUGGAAGCAUAUUUUAUUCAUAAUGAAAUUGGAACGUUUUGGGAACUUAAAGGUGAAUAUACGUAUGCACUUGAAUCGUAUGAAUUAGCUCUGAAGGUAAAUAGACAAUUUUUCAGCGAAAAUCACCCUUCGUUCAUAACAAAUUAUAAUACACUUGCUCUUAUUUAUUCUGAAAUUGGUGAAUAUGAAAAAGCAAUCGAAUAUUUUCAAAAAGCAUUUGCUCUUGAUGAACAGAAAGAAUGCAGUGUGCCCAUAUUAUUAAAUAUUGGAAUGGUAUAUCUUGAUAUGGAACAAUGUGAAAAAGCAGAAGUUUAUUUUGAAGAAGUUCUUUAUUUGACGGUCCAAAGCGCUUAUGCUCAAGAUGAAAAUAAAACGAAUCAACUUCUUUAUAUAACUGCCCUUGAUUGUUUGGCACGAACUAAAGGACGACAAAAACACUAUGAGGAAGCACAAAAACUGUGCAAAACCGCAUUCAUUUUAAGAUCAGACGAUUUGUUGGCUAAGGCUGUCUCAUUCGUUACUUUUGGAAGUCUACUAAAUGAUCAAGGUGACUUUGAUGGUGCUGUUGUCUUUUUUCAUCGGGCAGAAAUGACGCUAAAAACACUAGACGCUAAUCAUCCAGCUUUAGCGAAAAUUUAUGCAUUUCGAACAGGAUCGACAUACUACAAUAAAAAGGAAUUUGCCAAAGCUCUGUCAUACUAUGAAAUGGCUUUGGAUCUAACGGUAGCAGUUGCUCCUGGUAAUAAAAGACAAAUUAAGCAGACAAAAUAUGGCAUUGAUAGAAUUAUGGAUCAUAUUCUUGAAGCAAAUCAAUCGAUUCAAUUAACAUAUUACGAAAAGGUUAAAAAAUUCUGUAUUUGUGUUUUGAGGUUUUUCUUUCUAAAAUAA